AUGCAGACUGGGCGUGCACUCUCGAGCGGGGCCAUCUCGAGGGGAACUCCCCUCCCGAGCCUCAAGGCCCCCGUCCCCCGCCCCGCGCCUUCCUGCCGCGCCCCGCGCUCCCGCGCCCCCUCCGUCGCCGUCGCCGCCUCGGCGUCGGGCGUGCCGCGCGCGGUCGGCGCCGCGGCGGUCGCGGUGCAGGAGCCCGGCACGAUCAUGAUGUCCGCGGUGGAGAUGUAUCAAAAGGAGAAGCGGCUGCAGACCCAGGUGUUCCAGCUGGCCGAGAACACUGUCGCAAUCCGGUCCCUGGACUACGACAGGGACCGCUUUGAUAUUGAGUUUGGCCUUGAGAAGGGCACCACCUACAACUCAUACAUCAUCUUUGGCGAUGACUACACGGCGCUGAUUGAUGCCAGCCAUGAGAAGUUCAGCCGUCUGUACAUCCAGACUCUGAAGGACCAGCUGGCGGCAGCCGGCCGCGGCAUCGACUACAUUGUGGUCAGCCACACUGAGCCCGACCACUCCUUCUUGGUCCCUGCGGUGAGUGGGUGA